ACUGGAGGCUGAGGACUGGUCGGAACGGAACAGAGAGCUGGGACGCGGGGUGGCGAGCGCGCUCCGAGUAGGGCCGGGUCUGGAACGCGGGGUGGUCAGGGUGGCGGUGGCAUCUGCCCCACGGUCUGCAGCGGCUCUGGGAUCGGCCCACGGGGUAAGGGGUGCGCGCGUGGCAACCCCUAGGUAGGAGUCUGGGUGACUCCGGACAGAAGUUCUCCGGACGGGACCGCGCGUACAAGAUCUGGACGCACGACGAACACCGGGCCCAGAAAGUCGGUGCGCGGGAGUGCGCGCGCGCGGGGGGGCGUGGCGGCAAACAGCAACAACCCACCCGCCGGCUGGGCCACAAACUCCGAUUCCCGGCCGGAAAGUGAGCUUCGGCCGAGCCUGGAGGGACCCAGCUGGAGCCUGGCCUGGGAGCCAGGAUGGCCACCCACCAAACUCUGCUGAUAUGCCUGGGAUUGCCUCUUUUAUUAUUUCCCAGGACCCAGGCUCAGAAUCAUGCCCCACCGGGUUGCAGCCCAGAUCUCAACCCCAUCUACUACAACCUGUGUGACCGCUCCGGGGCUUGGGGCAUCGUCCUGGAGGCCGUGGCCGGGGCGGGCAUCAUCACCACGUUUGUGCUCACCAUCAUCCUGGUGGCCAGCCUCCCCUUCGUGCAGGACACCAAGAAACGGAGCCUGCUGGGAACUCAGGUCUUCUUCCUGCUGGGCACCCUCGGCCUCUUCUGCCUGGUGUUCGCCUGCGUGGUGAAGCCAGACUUUUCCACCUGCGCCUCCCGCCGGUUCCUCUUCGGGGUUCUGUUCGCUAUCUGCUUCUCCUGUUUGUUGGCCCACGUGUUUGCACUCAACUUCCUGGCCCGGAAGAACCAUGGGCCCCGGGGUUGGGUGCUUUUCGCCGUGGCUCUGCUGCUGACGCUCGUGGAGGUCAUCAUCAACACCGAGUGGCUUAUCAUCACCUUGGUCCGAGGAGGAGGAGGAGGAGGAAGUGGAGGAGGGGAGGUGGGCCCUCUGAGCAAUGGCAGUGCGGCCUGGACCGUGACUUCUGCCUGCGCCAUUGCCAACAUGGACUUCGUCAUGGCGCUUAUCUAUGUGAUGCUGCUGCUGCUGGGGGGCUUCGUGGGGGCCUGGCCUGCCCUGUGUGGCCGCUUCAAGCGCUGGCGGAAGCACGGGGUCUUCGUGCUGCUCACCACGACCAUGUCCAUCGCCAUCUGGGUGGUGUGGAUUGUCAUGUACACCUACGGCAACCAGCAGCACAACAGCCCCACCUGGGAUGACCCUACGCUAGCCAUUGCCCUGGCCGCCAAUGCCUGGGCUUUUGUCCUCUUCUACGUCAUCCCCGAGGUCUCCCAAGUGACCAAGCCCAGCCCUGAGCAGAGCUACCAGGGUGACAUGUACCCUACCCGGGGCGUGGGCUACGAGACCAUCCUAAAAGAGCAGACUGGCCAGAGCAUGUUUGUGGAGAACAAGGCAUUUUCCAUGGAUGAGCCAGGCUCAGCCAAAAGACCCGUAUCACCUUAUAGUGGCUACAAUGGGCAACUGUUGACCAGUGUGUACCAGCCCACCGAGAUGGCCCUGAUGCACAAAGGCCCGGCUGAAACGUCUUAUGACGUCAUCCUCCCACGAGCCACCGCCAACAGCCAGGUGAUGGGCAGUGCCAGCUCAACCCUGCGGGCUGAAGACAUGUACAUGGCCCAGAGCCACCAGGCGGCCACACCUUCCAAAGAUGGCAAGAACUCCCAGGUCUUUAGAAACCCCUAUGUGUGGGACUGAGGUGGCGGCGGCGGCGGCAUGGCCAGGAGGAAACGGGGCGGAUCUGGGGAGGGCCCUUGGGAUCCAGCCCUGGCCAGGACCACUCCCUGCUCCCCCAGGGACCCUCGUGCUCUGUGGCUAUUUGCUGGCUCCAAGCAGCUUGUGACUCGGAGCCAGGAGGUUCCCCCAUUUGCCAAUGUUGACUGUGGGAGGGUCCUCAUCCUUGAGGUCCCUACCCAUUCCUCAGUGUUUGUAGAGUCCAGGAACCAGUCCAGCUUGGUGCCUGGGCCACUUCCUGCUCUGGCCAAAUGUGUUCUUGGGGUGAUGGCCAGCCUGUGCCUACAUUCUCUGGAGGUCUCUGAGCUGGCACCACGGGCCUGAUCUUGCUCCUCUGUGAGGACCAAGGGUGCCUAAUAAACACAUUUCUGCUUUGUUAACUCACA